GUAUAUGUACACAUGUACACAUACGAUACAAAUACAAUAAAAAUAAGUAAGAAAUUCUAGUGUCAGUUAAUUUGCUAUUGGUAACGGUUGUGUUCAGUGAUUGUGCGUCUAGUUUUGUAGACUCAACUGUUUUUGUUGAAUAAAAAAGAGUGUAUGAGUGAUAUUUUACAGUGCGAUGUGAUACUGACAGCAAGUUGGAACAUGUGAUAUAAUAAGUUUAAAUAAAUCAAAACAAGAUCGACCACCCACGGGUGUCCGGUCCAGAAUUUCAGAAAUGAGGCUGUAGCUUCUGCGAGUGCUAAUACUUUCGGUUUCACGCUUCGAUGGCAUUUUGUUGAACCGACUACGAUAUAAAAAUAACGUAUUGUUAUGUUUUGGAUCGGUUCGAUGGACUUUUAACAGUUGCUUACUGCCCCAGCGCCGGCCCGCCACACCAAAAUGAUGGUCGAGACCAUGUUGGAGUCCUCGCAGGAUUUUGGUAUGUCGAACGGCAGCCUGCCGCAAUGGAAACGCGAGCUGCUGCAGCGCCGCGCUGCGCGCUCCCGCCCUGCGCCGCCGCCCGCGCCCCCGGCACCCCCGCCCCCGCCACCCCCUACCGACGACGAGGAGCUGCGCUAUGGGCCUGGCAUCGUCAAGCGCCUCAAGUCUCGCUACCUCAGCCUGGCGCUCCGCGACGCGCCGCGCCGGCGUCCAUCGGUCUUGCGGCGCGCCGCCUCCCUGGAGCACCUGCUGGACGAGCCGCCUCCGCCUCGCCCGCGGCCCGUCUCGCUCGCGGUUCCCCCGACCCCGCCGCGAAGGGACUCCGUCAAACGCGCUCGGUCCGUAGACGCCCUGAGUCGCCUGGACGAGCCCGAUGCUGCCCCGCGUUGUCGGCCUCCGCGCCGCCCCGCGCCCCUGCUGCGCGACACCGAGCGCCCGCCGCCCGACGUGGUGCGCGCCGCCCUGCGCAAAUUCGAAUCGGCUCCGCCUCGGCGCGCCGCGCCCGCCGCCCGCGUGUCGGCGGUUCUGCGCGGCCUCGAGGGCCCGCGCUCCUCUACGCCCGAGCCUCGCGCGCGCUCCCCGAGCCCCGCCGCAGCCGAUCUCUCGGCUAUAGACGAGCCGGAGGGAGCCGCGAUCUCCUCUAAGCCCGUCUCUCGCGCUGCACUCGAGGGCAUCGCUCGCGCCGGUUCCACGAUUCGCUAUGCUUUCGAAUCUCCGAAAAAUGGAUCACAUCUUCCUACGGUCGCCGCCGCCAACCCGGUGCUGCUGAGUCGUGCUCGGUUGUGGACGUCUCCGAGGCGCGUCGGAAUCAUCCGCCCGAUGCCCGCCCCGAGCUCCGAGCGCAACGACGCGAGCGCGACGCCACACCACGAGGAGUGUAUCGAGAAGCCCGCGGAGGAGCCUCGCGUCGCGUCGCCGACGCCCGACCCGGAAACUCGAGGGGAUAAACGCGAGCCGCCUUCCGCCGUCGUCGAACCGAUCCUGCGGUCGCCACCGUCUGAAAUCGUUCCGACAGAAACUACCGGACUUCCCUCUCCGAAACCGAUCCCGCCACCUCGAGAGCGCACCCCGGAUCCCAUCGAAACCAAGUCGGAGCCGAGAGUGAUGGAAACCAUCCCGAAGCCGGCUCUGAUGAACGGGCACGCGGAGGGAGGACGUACGCCCGAGCCGAGAGCCCGGACGCCGUCCCGCAUCGGCGCCGCGGGGAUAGAGCGAGCUUGGACCGGCGCCAAAGCCAAGAAGACCGGGGAAGUAGAGGAGAAGAAGGAAACGGAAGUGAAGCCGGCGACGUGGGGCCGAAAGCCGCGCCCCCCCGCGCCCGCCUCCACCUCCGUCGUGUUCAACUUCUCCAACCGCAAGGAGGUGCCCGAUUACAUCGAGAACGACGGCGUCAUCCGACGUGCCAGCCGCCGCCACAGGAUCAAGGCGGGCGAGCCGGGCGUGGUGGUGCUGCGGCCGGCGGCGGGCGGACCGUCGGAGGACUCAGGCUCCGAGUCGGAGGGCGAGGCGGAGCGCCCGCCCUCGCCCUGUAGCGUGCGCUUCGUCAACGACAACGUGCUUAUCAACGGCCGCUCCUCCAUGCGCCCAGACCGGCAGCGCAUCGCCAAGCUGAAGUUGCAGUUUGACGACUCGCUGACGCGCACCUUCGAGUACCCCUCCGAGACGUCGCUGUGUGAGGACUCGCCGCAGGAUGCGCCCUCCCCGUCGCCCUCGUUGGCGCCCUCACUGUCGCCUUCCGCGCCCUCCGCGCCUUCCGCACCCGCGGCCAGCACGCUCGCAGCCAACACUCACCUCGCUUCUGGUGCGCUGGGUCGCUACACGCCCAGCAAGACGCACGCCGAUGACUUCCAGCUCGGCCUCGCGCGUCCCCGCACAGAUGGCGCGCUGGAGCAGAACAAGGCGGAGGUGGAGGCGAGCGGCGCGGAGGUGGAGGCGGAGGCGGGCGGCGCGGAGGCGGAGGCGGAGGCGGGCGGGCAGGAGGACGUGCGGCCGUGCGCGGCGGACUUGGCGCACUCGUGGAGCGACGCGCGCGCCCUCUCCACGGACCUGCUGUUCUAG